UAAUUUUUUAUCAGCACUAUGCUAUAAUUGCUAUGCUAAAAAGGAGAAUAAUCUCCAACCCACAAAAGAUUAAAAGAACAGAAAGAAAUUGCGCAACACACGCGACCUUGUCAGGUAAGACAACUAGCCAUGAACUCCACUCACUUUGCUCAACUCUACUAAAACUCUUUCUUCUACUUUUCAACUCCUCUAUAUUCCCACCACAUCCCAAAAAAAAAGUCGCACUCUUCUCAAAUAUCUAAAAAACGACCCAAUUUAUCCAGUACAAUUUACAACCGUCUCAAAAAACCAAACUUUCCCAAAAACACACCAUUAAAAUGCCAGAAGAUGAACUCCCACUAAGAAAACCAACCAAAUCUACAACACAAACUUACCUAUCUUUAUCCCCAUUAUUCACAAUUUUCCUAGACUCUCUAAAAAUCAUCUUCAUAGAAAACCCCAAACACUUUUUCACAAUCUACACUUUCACUACUCUCCCACUCUCUCUCCUCCUCACUUCCUCCGCCGUCUCCUCCACACAUCGCUUCCUAAAGUCCCACAUCAACCGCCUCGAGUGGCUCCGCAAUGUCGUCCCAAUCUGGAUCGAGUCCGCCAACAUCCGCGACGAGCUGCGCGCAGACUUGCGCAAGCUCUUGCGCGUCAAGCUCGCGCACGGGGUUCCAACUCUCAUCUUCUCGCUUCUCUCUCUCCUCAUCAUCGUAGUCUCCACUCUUAGCGCGUACCGCAAGAAAAAGAAGGUCAACCUGCGUACAACUCUUGCUGUUUUGAAGAUCAGGUGGGGUCCAGCGGUGGUGACGUGUAUGGUGAAUUUCUUGUUGUGGGUUGUGUGGGGGCACUUGGAUCCUUUGUUGGGUAAGGUUGCGGUGGAGCAUAGGUGGUUUACGGUGGUUGUUGUGGUGUUUGAGGUUUAUGCGAUGGCGGUGUUUGGGGUUGCGCUUGUUGUUUCGGUUGUUGAGGGUCGGGCCGGGUUUGGGGCGGUGUGGGUUGGGUUGGGUUUGAUGAAGGGGAGGAGGGUUUGUGGGUGGGUUUUGUCGGGCUUGAUGUUGUUGGGUUCGGGUUUGAUAGGGAGAGAGAUGGUUGGGGUGAUGGAUGGUGGUGAUUUAAUGGGUGGUGAAGGAGGGUAUGCGUGGACGGUGGAGAUGAGGUUUGGAUGGAUGGUUGGGUUGGUGGUGUUGUUGGGGUGGUUUUUGUUGUGGAGUUAUGUAGUGUUUACGGUUUUUUAUUUUGAGUGUAGGAAAAUACAUGUGAUUAGAGAAGAAGAACAAUUAGAUGUUGAUGAAAUUGACAUUUGAUUUGAUUUGAUUUUUUUUUAACAAAAUUUAUUUUGGUGUAAUUAAGACUCCUUUUGUCACUAAUAGUGAUGAUGAUACUUUUGCUUUUA